AUGAAUGCAGCUGGCCCGCCCCAGUAUAAGCGGCUACAAGCUCUGCGGACGGUGUUAGGACUUGAGACCUCGCAUGCUGAGACGUCUCGCAUACAGUGUGCGCAAGACUCUGUCCGGAUCGGUGUCGAUAGCUACGCCGUGGAAACGGAGAAACAUGAUAACGCACAGCGUGAUAAUGGCGAUCCAGCGGCCAUAGAUCAUUCCGGUACAAGCCCCAGCCUGAUGGCGGACAGUAGCGAGGGCGUCUAUGGCCAGGGACAGGUCUUACCUCUUUUAAAUGAACUAUCUGAACGGGUGGACGCUUUGGAGUCCAGCAUGAGGGAGCAGAAGCAGUGGAAUCAGGAUAUUGAGGAGACAGUGGACCAAACCCACCGGUCCUUAUUUGGCAGCGGCACCAAAAGGGGUACAACGCGCGGCAAGGCCUCCAAGACUUGA